GAAAGGCAACGGAGAAAGGAGGCCGGCGCUACGGAACGACGACGACACUAGUGCCGCGGUGGUCGCGACGGCGGUGGUGGCGGCGGGGUCGGCGCGACGCGACGACUUGGCGGCGUGACAGCUAGACAGCGUCGGCGGUCCGUGGUGAAAAUCGCGGCGGGCGUUUUCGGGUCGCCCGAAAGCGUUUGCCCCUGCUACGACAACAGCAGCAAGGGUAACGACGCGGAGGUGGGCGUGACCUGCGGUGUUUGUUGCGCGGUGUUGGGGUCGAAAGGAGGAGCAAAACAAACGACAUGCACUCCGGAGUCGCAUGUCGGUGGCUGGCCUGGUCGCUGCUGCUGCUAAUGUUACUGUGUGUGUUGCCUGUCGCGCGGACCGUGGAGCGCCGUGCUGUGUGCUACGCGCCGGGCUCUGUCUUCAUGCAGCUGUUCUUCGUACAGGAGAGCGUUGAGCACUCUGUCUUGAUCACGGGCGAGAUAACCGGUCUCCAGCCAGGAGCCCACGGUCUUCACGUGCACGCCUACGGAGAUCUUACCAACGGCUGCAAUUCCACCAAAGGCCACUUCAAUCCCAUGCACAAAGACCAUGGUGCUCCAGAAGACCGCGAGCGACACGUCGGUGACCUGGGCAACAUCAAGGCCGAGGCUGAUGGCAAGGCCCGCGUGCACAUCACUGACAGCAUGAUCUCCCUCGUUGGACACCACAACAUACUCGGCCGCGCUAUGGUGGUACACGCCAACCCCGACGACUUGGGAAAAGGCGGGACAAACGAGAGCAAGGCGUCUGGCAGCGCCGGUGCCCGCUUGGCAUGCUGCGUCAUCGGCUUCGUUUCCAGCUCGGGAUGGACUAGGCCCGACUUGCGCCUUCUGUUCGCCGCGCUUGCCUUUGUCAGCAGCCUCUUCAGGCACGGCGUAUGAAUCCACGGGUUAUGCGUUGUCUUUCAUGUAUCUGUACAUAGCCUUUUUUUUUUUUUGUUUACGGCUUGUUAAAUAAAGUUGAUUUAGCUACUUGUA